AUUCCUUCCUGCCAAAGCAACCCUAAGGAGGUAGUAUUGUCGAUUCCAAGAUCUUUACCAGAGCACAACCUUUACAGCUCGCCAAGUUGAAGAACACAACACAGGCAAAAUGUUCUACGCACAGCUGCUUAUGAACAAGCGUGGGCCUUUGUCCAAAAUAUGGUUGGCUGCUCAUUGGGACAGGAAAGUCACAAAAGCUCAUAUAUUUGAAUGCAAUUUAGAGACAACAGUUGAAAAGAUACUUUCCCCCCAAUUUAAAAUUGCCCUGCGUAUCUCAGGACACCUGUUACUGGGAGUGGUACGAAUCUAUCAUAGAAAAGCCAAGUAUCUUUUGUCAGACUGCACUGAAGCUCUGCUUAAAAUGCAGUCAGCCUUUCGUCCAGGACUUGUUGAUCUCCCGAAAGGGAGUUCUGAAGCUAAGUAUGAUACUAUCACAUUGCCUGAAGAAUUUCAUGAGUUUGACACACAGCUCCCAGAGGUGAAUGCCAUUGAUGUAGCACAGCAUUUCACACUGAACCAGAGCAGAGCUGAAGACAUUACUUUGUUUGAAGAGGAUUAUAGACAAGAUAUACUUUUCCAUAGCAACAGCUUGGGUGCGGGAAUUGAAAUACCCAGGCAUCCUGGCUUUCUUAGUGACAGCUUUCAAGCUAGUUUCAGCAGUUUCCUGACUGACCGCGAUCCUUUGAAUCACACUGGAGAGAAAAAUGUAUUGGACGAAGGUGCCUAUUUGUUAACGUACGACGGCUUUGGAGAUGAAGGAUUUGCAGCUGAUAUGAUUGAUGAUGUGCUAGGAGCUGAGAGGAGUAUCUUCAUGAUAGAACCAGAGGAAAAAAUUCCUUUACUCCAAGAGCUUCCUGCUGAAGACCUAGCAGACUACCCUGGAUCCAAGCAGGAAGCAAAACACUGCCAAACUAAUGAAACCAUAUUAUUGUCCAGUGAAGAACAAGGAUUUGUCCUCGAACCAAUUGAUAACACAGUUCUUAAGAGGAAGCAAAGAGCUAAAAGGAAGUUACUUGUCGAUCCUGUGAAGGAGUUGAGCAAAUCGACUAUGCAAAAGCAGCUUUUGAGCUACAAGGACACGCUCACCACGCUGGACCUUGCGCCACCCACAAGGAAGCUGAUGAUUUUGCAAGAGUUGGGUAGUGUGGACAAGCUGAUGACCAGACCAACCCAGGCGUUGUUUCAUGAGGAUCUGCAAAUGCUGUUUGGCAGAAGUCUCAGGGAUGGAAGAAAAAAGUUGCAGCAGGAGCUUGACGCACAAGAUAAAAACAAGCAACAAGAUCCCCAAGAAAGCAGAAGUUACAUGCAGGAGACAUUUGGCCAUCCUCUGCAGCCAUCUGAGUUUUUGAAGGAAGACAAAAGGGAUAACCGUAAAACUGCUGAAACUAUGGAAUCCGUGGAUAUUCUAUCUGCUUUGUCCGAUGGUUCCUUAGCUGACUCCUCAGGAAGGCAACAAGAGGCAGAAAGGCAGCAAACUGAGAUGGAAAAUGAACUUCAACAAAGCAGUCCAGACUGGGAAGAAAAGAGGAGGAAUAAGAGAACACUGGAAUUACUAAACACUCUCCGGCACAUCCACCAGGCAGGAGUAAAGUCCUUCUGCUUCCUGACCCUCUGUGUGAAGAAGAACCGUGAAGAAGUUGCAACCACAUUCUACAGCUUGCUCGUGCUCAAGAAACAACGGGCUGUCGAGGCGGCUCAAAAUGCCCCGUAUGCUGACAUUAUUGUGACUGUGGGUCCAAAAUUCCAUGCAAUCUGAAGGUCCGAAUGGCCUCUUCUUUUUAGAAUAAUCCGCUAUUUAAAUUGAAAGCAGAAUUCUGCAUUUUUUUAAAAAAUAGAAGCUUAUUUAUACUACAACUGCACCUCUUCCCCAACCAGGAAAGUGACUAGUCCCGAACAGACCUGCAUCUGUACGAAAAUGAGCAAAAGCUAGUGGACUUCAUAUUUUAUUUCAAAGGGAGAAAGAAUUCAUUUAGUUGUUGAUGAAUCUAUCUGAAUUUCAAGUUGCAAACUUCAUGUUUUUAAAGAUUGUUAAACUAUAAAUCUUUUACAUUGAUUUUAUCUGUUUCAGGUGUAGUUCUCACAGAGGACACAAACCAGUUUGGCUCGUAUUUAUUCUUGUAAACUUUUUUCUCCUAUCGGGCAAAGGGAAAUAAAAGUGGAAACUAAUGAA